CCGAGCUUUUUUCAAGCUCGCUAAUCCCCGGGAAAACACAGCGAAAUGGGGGACCAUCGACAACAGUUGAACAAUUUAAUCAAAUGGUUGGGUACGUUUGAUCUUCAAGCGCCGCAUAGCUCUGCGGAGGAUAUAAGCGAUGGGGUUGCCCUGGCGGAAGCCUUGGCCCAGAUUGCACCAGAGUGGUUCACAGCAGUAUGGAAGGCGAAGAUCAAGACUGACGUGGGUGCUAACUGGCGUCUUAGAGUAAGCAACAUGAAGAAGAUUGUGGAGGCUGUGAUGGAAUAUUACAUGGAGUGUUUGAACCAGCCAUUGUCAGGCUACGUCAAGCCGGAUGCGAUCAAGAUAGGUGAGCAUUAUGACAGCGAUGAGCUGCGUCAUUUGUUACAGCUGAUUCUUGGUUGCGCUGUCAACUGCGAUCAGAAGCAGCAGUACAUCACUAAAAUAAUGGGUAUGGAGGAGACUGUGCAGCAGGCAAUAAUGCAGAGUAUCCAGGAGCUUGAGAGCAGUGUGCAUGGGCCCAAAUUGAGUAGCAAUUUCAACUUUGAAUCCUUUGAUACAGCUGAUGGUACUCAACAGAGACUCUAUGCGGAGCUCCAAGUGGCAAUAGAUAUGAAGGACCAACUAGCGCAGAAGUGUCACGAACUUGAUCAACAGCUUUCUCUGUUGCAGGAGGAAAAGGCUGCAUUGAUUGCGGAGAAUAAAAAAUUCCAGGAGCGGUUGGACGAGUUUGAGAAUCCAGAGGAGUCUGGUUCUAUAAUGAAAUAUUCUGGAUUGCGGAAACAAGUGGAUGCAUUAAAGGAUGAAUUAUUUAAAAUGGAAACAUCUAGGGAUGAUUAUAGAUUAAAGGCGGAAUUGUUGGAAAAAGAAGUAUUGGAGUUACAAUCGAGACAAGAGGAUUUACAAAAAGCAGCUGAUGAAGCAAACCACCUGAAAGACGAAAUCGAUGCUUUGAGAGAAACUGCAGAUAAAGUAGCAAAGUAUGAAAUCAUGAUAGAAUCAUACAAGAAGAAGAUGGAGGAUUUAAGCGAUCUUAAGAGGCAGCUCAAGAUAUCAGAAGAUAAAAAUGUUGAAUAUUUACAAGCCAAAUUAGACUAUGAAGAAGAAGUGAAGCGCACGAUGAUGUUGCGCAAUCAUUUGGAGGCAUGCAAACAGCAGCUCACAGAAGUUCAUCAUAGACUGGAUGAGCAGAGUAACAAAUACGAUCGAUUGGAAUUCGAGGGCAAGAAGAUGGAAGCCAAAUUAGGUGCUUUGCAGAGGGAGAGAGAUCGGCUAGUUAUCGAAAGAGACGCCCUGAAGGAGACGAAUGAAGAACUGAAGUGCAACACGCAAUUGCAAACUGCUGAGAACAUGGCAAAACCCAGUGCCGAUAGUUCCGGCGUUGCUGGAACGGAGAUGGUUCCACUUGAGAUUAAAGAGAAAUUACUCCGCUUACAGUUGGAGAACAAGAUGCUGAAGAUGAAGCAGACGGGUAACGAGGACAAGCUACCUAGUGUGCAAGCGUUGCUGGACGAUUCCGAGGAACGUUUAAAUACAUUGCGAGGACAAAAUCGCAAAGCGAAUCAAAGGAUAAUGGAAUUAGAAACCAAAUUGGAGGAGGUCAUGGGUACUCAAACCAGUGACGAUAAUAAGAACGACGCGGGUUUGAAUCAGAAAAUGUCACAGCUGCAGGAUGAACUACGAAAAAUGCAGGCCGAAAGGGAACGGUUGACAUUGCAGCUCGAGGAACGCGAGAGUGCUUUGCAAGCACAAAAACAGAAAGCCUUUGCUAUUCAGGAGAAACUGACGCGGAAGGAAUACGAAAACGCCGCACUCGAGGAACGUUAUAAGAAGUACAUUGAAAAAGCCAAGAGUGUUAUAAAGAGCCUAGACCCGAAACAGAAUAAUUCUUCACCGAGUGAGGUCGUUGUUCUGCGUAAUCAAUUGCUAGAACAGCGCAAAAUGAUUGAGGACAUGGAGCGUUCCAUGAAAGAGUCCAGGUUGUUGCGAGAGAUGGAAGAGAAGUUAAUGGUGACCGCUUUUCAUAGAUUAGGCUUGAAUUGUCACAGAGAGGUGAUAGAUCAACGGCUCGCGGCGCUCAGUUCAGGACAGGGUCAAUCUUUCUUAGCCAGACAAAGACAACCUUCAGCAAGACGCCAUCCACCUUAUAACUCAAAAUGAAAAGAGCGAAUCGACUUCAUGCUUAAGUAUUAUAAAAAAGUAAUAAAGUAAUAUUUAAUUAUUUGAGAUAGUUAGGUAUAAUUAUUGUUAAUUAUAAUAGGGCGAUAA